CCCUGGAGACAUCAGAUCUCACACCACUGUCCAGAAGAAACAGCUCACUUUAUCUGCACAGACAUGGCUCCCUGUACUACCAACUACUCCUCUAUUCACCAUAUCAGGAUAUCUGAGAGAGAAAAUAUCAAAUUGAGAAAACCUGCUGUGGAGAAAAUGCGCAGAGACCGCAUCAACAGCUGCAUUGAGGAACUCAAGAUCAUCCUGGAGAAACAAUUCCACCAGCAGGAGCCCAACUCUAAGCUGGAGAAAGCCGACAUCUUGGAGAUGACUGUGAGCUUCCUGAGGCAGCAGCUGCAGCCAGGACUCUGUCAGAGUGACUUCAACCAGGGAUACUCUUACUGCUGGAGCGACUCUACGCACUUCCUCGCUGCUGGAUCCAACACAGAGGCCCUUGUCAGUCCUUUACAGGGCCAACAGCAGCUCCAUCAGACCCAGAGAACCAGCGUCUCCUCGCCAGUCUGCUCCCCACUCAGGCCUACCAUCCUGAAGGACAGCAGCAGCAGAGGCCCCAUGUGGAGGCCUUGGUAGAGACUCUGACAGAAACUUUUAGACCUGAGGGGACGUGAACUCUCCCUCACUGUGUAGGAAAGAUAUUUCCAGCCCUUCUAUUAAUGGUGGGGUUCAUUGUUGUCUCAUCACAUUGAUGGACAAGUAGUAAAAGCAAAGCUCUCACUUAUUUGACGAUUGUCCUGCUUUGACUUCGAUUCACAUUUGAUUUUUGCUUUCAUUCUUGUUUAAACUGGUGGAUUCUGAGUGUAUAUGGUUUGAUCAAAUCUUGUGAAAUGACAGUUUACUCCAGUGGAGUUUAUCUUUAGAGUGCUUGAUGUAACAGUAUAUAUAUAUGUAUAUUUGUGGUACUGAGUUAUACUGACAGACAGCUGCCGUUGAGAAUAUUUCUCUGUUUUGACUUUUCUAGGCCAAAUUUUAUGGACGAGUAUUAUGUGUAUAAAUGUGUGUGUAUGCGUGCGUGCGUGUGUGUGUGUGUGUGUGUGUGUGUGUGUGUGUG